UGCCUGCCGGCACCUCUGCACCGUGUGCUCGCCCUGUUACCCCCACAGCCGCACGCCGUGGGGCGGCGAGCCCCAGGCAGCCCCACACCUCUGGCACAGUGAGCCCCCAGGACCUCUUGAAACCACCCUGUGACAGCCAGGACCAUGGAGUCAGUGGCUCUGUACAGCUUCCAGGCAACGGAGAAGGAUGAGCUCCCCUUUCAGAAAGGGGACACCCUGAAGAUCCUCAACAUGGAAGAUGACCAGAACUGGUACAAGGCUGAGCUGUACGGCUGUGAGGGCUUCGUCCCCAAAAACUACAUCAAGGUCAAGCCGCAUCCGUGGUACGCAGGCAGGAUCUCCCGGCACCUGGCAGAGGAGCGGCUCCUCGAGCGCAAGUACCUGGGAGCCUUCCUGAUCCGCGACAGCGAGAGUGCCCCAGGGGAGUUCUCCAUCUCCGUCAAUUAUGGGCAGCAUGUCCAGCACUUCAAGGUGCUCAGGGAGAGGAACGGCAAGUAUUUCCUCUGGGAGGAAAAGUUCAACUCCCUCAAUGAGCUGGUGGAUUUCUACAGGACGACCACCAUUGCCAAAAAGCAGCAGAUCUUCCUCCGGGAUGAGGACCAGACCCAGGAGGUGAGGAGACCCAAAUUCGUGCAAGCCCAGUUUGACUUCUCAGCCCAUGACGGCUCCCAGCUGCCCUUCCUCCGUGGGGACAUCAUUGAGGUCUUGGACUGCCCCGACCCAAACUGGUGGCAGGGGAAGAUCUAUGGGCGCGUCGGCCUCUUCCCCCGCAACUACGUCCACCCCAUCCGCAAGUGAGCUGCCGCCAGCGCUGUGGGUCCCCCCACUGCCCCCCACUCACCGGAGCUGCUUUGUGCCUGCCCGCGGACUGCACUGCAUCCCCACGAACGGUGCCUGUCCCCACGCUGGGCUGCCAGCGCACCAGCUCCUGGUGCCGUGUGGGCUGUACUGGAGGUAGAGGCCAGGCUGGUGGUGAUCCCCAUCCAGGGCUGCCCAGCUCUGGUGCUCUGAAGCAUCAGCGACGGCUGAACCUGCUCCCCGACCCAGGAGACCCCCACCGCUUCCAGCCCAGGCAUUGCCUCUUGCUGCAGGCUGGCAGCGGCGCUCCCCUGGGAAGGAGCACAGAGCAUCAAACCAGGGCCAUAAAAACUUUUCCAGAGCCACAACCCAACAGGUGGCAGCAACGGAGGUGAAGAGCAUGUACCCCAAACCUUUGCUCCUCGCCAGACCCGGUAAGUGAAGCCCGGGCUCCAGGGAGGGCUGCAGGCAGCCAGGGUACAGCCGGGCUUGGUACCUCCUCAGAGGGGUGCUGGGGCUCAGGGCACCAGGGGGAGGCUGAUCCGGGGGGAUUCAGUCCUGUGGGUGCUGUUCAUAGCUGCAAAUUGUGGCUCUUCUUAAAUAUAUAUAUAUAUAUAUAUUUUAUUUAGAGCUAGUAAAACAUGUUUGGGUGACACCCUC